UCCAACUCUGACCCAGAGAGCGAGUCUGAUUUGGAUCCUGGAAGACAAAGCCAUGUAAGGUCUGUGGAAAUCGCUGCUGCCCGGUUCUAGACCCGCCCCCAGCCUUGGCCCGUCCUCCUUCCCCCAGCUUUGUUGUGUACUUUCCAGCCUCCAGUCUACUAUGUGCCUAACUCCCAGGAGCCCCAGCCAGCAUCCAGGAGCCUGCCAACAUAGGAGCCAAGAGAGACCCUCUCCUGCGGGCCUGAGAACACACGUCUCCACCCCGGUUCCAUCCUCUGGUUCAUGUGGCAAUGAACCAGAAGGCCACCCUGGUACUCCUUGCCCUGGCUGUUAUCACCAUCUUUGCCUUGGUUUGUGUCCUGAUAGCUGGCAGGGGUGGAGAUGGGGGUGAAACCAGUCAGCCUCCCCACUGCCCCUCCGAAUCGCCCAGUGCCCAGCCCUGGACCCAGCCUGGCCAGAGCCAGCUCUUUGCGGACCUGAGCCGAGAGGAACUGACUGCUGUGAUAAGCUUUCUGACUCAGCACCUGGGCCCUGGGCUGGUGGAUGCAGCUCAGGCCCGGCCCUCGGACAACUGUGUCUUCUCAGUGGAGUUGCAUCUGCCCCCCAAGGUGGCAGCCCUGGCCCACCUGGACAGGGGGAGCCCUCCACCUGCGCGGGAGGCCCUGGCCAUCAUCUUCUUUGGUGCACAAGCCCAGCCCAACGUGAGUGAGCUGGUGGUGGGGCCACUACCCCGCCCAUCCUAUGUGCGGGAUGUGACCGUCGAACGCUACGGAGGCCCCCUGCCCUACCACCGACGGCCUGUGCUGGCCCGAGAGUACCUGGACAUAGACCACAUGAUCUUCAACAGAGAGCUGCCCCAGGCUGCUGGGCUCCUCCACCACUGUUGCUUCUACAAACCCAAAGCACGGAACCUGGUGAUAAUGAUCACAGCUCCCUGUGGUCUCCAAUCAGGGGACCGGGCCACCUGGUUUGGCCUCUACUACAACAUCUCAGGGUCUGGAAUAUUCCUGCACCCUGUGGGCUUGGAGCUGCUGGUGGACCACAAGGCUCUGGACCCUGCCCACUGGACUAUCCAGAAGGUGUUCUACCAAGGCCGCUAUUAUGACAGUCUGGCCCAGCUGGAGGACCAGUUUGAGGCAGGCCUGGUGAAUGUCGUGCUGAUCCCAAACAAUGGCACAGGUGGGUCCUGGUCCCUCAAGUCCCGGGUGCCCCCGGGUCCAGCUCCCCCUCUGCAGUUCUACCCACAGGGUCCCCGCUUCAGUGUCCAAGGGAGUCAAGUGUCCUCCUCAUUGUGGACUUUCUCCUUUGGCCUCGGGGCUUACAGUGGCCCAAGGAUCUUUGACGUCCGCUUCCAGGGAGAACGGCUAGCUUAUGAGAUCAGCCUCCAAGAGGCCCUGGCCUCCUAUGGUGGAAACUCCCCAGCAGCAAUGGUGACCCACUAUAUGGAUGGCAGCUACGGCAUGGGCAAGUACUCCACGCCUCUGACCCGUGGGGUGGACUGCCCCUACCUGGCCACCUAUGUGGACUGGCACUUCCUUUUGGAGUCCCAGGCCCCCAAGACACUACGCGAUGCCUUUUGUGUAUUUGAACAGAACCAGGGCCUCCCCCUGCGGCGACACCACUCCAAUUUAUACUCUCACUACUUUGGGGGCCUCGCGGAGACAGUGCUGAUUGUCAGGUCUGUGUCUACCUUGCUCAACUACGACUAUGUGUGGGAUAUGGUCUUCCACCCCAAUGGGGCCAUCGAAGUCAGGUUCUAUGCCACGGGCUACAUCAGCUCAGCGUUCCUCUUUGGUGCGGCCCAGAGGUACGGGAACCGAGUUGGAGAGCACACACUGGGCACCGUCCACACUCACAGCGCCCACUUCAAGGUGGAUCUGGACAUAGCAGGACUGGAGAACUGGGUCUGGGCUGAGGACAUGGCCUUUGUCCCCACUGCGGUGCCCUGGAGCCCCCAGCACCAGAUACAGAGGCUGCAGGUGACCCGGAAGCUGCUGGAGACCGAGGAGCAGGCUGCCUUCCCCCUGGGAGGGGCGGCCCCUCGCUACCUGUACCUGGCCAGCAACCAUAGCAACAAGUGGGGUCACCCACAGGGCUACCGCAUCCAGGUGCUCAGCUUUGCUGGGGAGCCGCUGCCCCAGAGCAGCUCCAUGGAGAGAGCCAUCAGUUGGGGCAGGUACCAGCUGGCAGUGACCCAGCGGAAGGAGGAGGAGCCCAGAAGCACCAGCAUCUACAAUCAGAAUGACCCUUGGACCCCGACUGUGGCCUUCGCAGACUUCAUCAACAACGAGACCAUUGCUGGAGAGGACUUGGUGGCCUGGGUGACAGCUGGCUUCCUGCACAUCCCACAUGCCGAGGACGUUCCCAACACAGUGACUGUGGGCAACAGUGUGGGCUUCUUCCUCCGACCCUACAACUUCUUUGACGAGGACCCUUCCUUCGACUCUGCUGACUCCGUCUACUUCCGGGAGGACCAGGAUGCAGGGGCCUGUGAGGUCAACCCCCUGGCUUGCCUCCAUCAGUCUGCUGCCUGUGCCCCGGACCUCCCUGCCUUCUCCCAUGGGGGCUUCUCUCACAACUAGCUGAUCCCUGGGAUGGGAAGUCUUGCCAGGGGCUCCAGGGCCAGCGUGUGGGGAGAGGAGGCAGCUGGGCACCCUGGCUCCCUGAUCUCUUUCCUCACAUUCCUGGCAUCCCCUCCCCUCCCCGUUUGUCCUUUCCGUUUCAUCACCCUCCCUUGUACCCGAUUCUGCCAGGAACAUUCUGAGGCUGUGAUGCCUCUGACACAGGGGGACUCAGCUUUGUUGAUCUCGGACAUGCUGGGUUCCCACCCAGAGAGGAAAGGCAUAGCCCAGUGGAAGCCUGGAGUGAUGACCAAGCUUUGCCCCACAGGACUUUUUUUUUUUGCAUUCGUUUUCCCACUUCUUCUUAGGCCAUCUCCGGGUGUCUCCUGGGUCUCCAAAGUCCCUCCCUUGGAAGAUGAGGAUGGAGGCUCAGCAAUGGGGAUUGCCCCAGGAGACUCCAGGGCAGGGUUCCUGCUUGUCCACAGAUGUGCUGGAAGGGCCCCUCUGCCUACAUUCCCACGCAUCCUCUUCCUUUUCUCCCUUCCCCUCCUUCCUCUCACUCCCUUCUCCUCCUCUUAUAUCCUGGGAUAUCCCUCAAGGUCCUGAGGUCCCUCUGCCCUAACCCGUGGUGCUUCCCAGCCCUCAUUUCUCUACUUCAGUCUCCUCUGCAGCCCCUAGCCCUGUGGAAAUCUCGAAAAUGCAAGAGGAUAUCUAGUUUGAGGGGACAAUCCCUGUCGGUCCCGCUGUGCCUGUCACCUACUCCAGUAGGAGUUGUACUCACCCGCAUCCUGGGGUAGGGUUGUGCUUCCAGGCAGUUCCCUCUACUCAUUUGUGUCUGUGUGCCUUGCCCCAGUGGAGGGGUAGUUAAGUGCUCAGCUGCUAACCAAAAGGUUGGCAGUUCAAACCCAUCAGCCACCCCAUGGGAGAAAGAUGUGGCAGUCUGUAAAGUUUAUACCCUUGAAGUCCACUCUUACAUCUGCUAUUCAACAUUGUACUUGAAGUCCUAUCUGGAGUAAUUAGGCAAGAAAAAGACAUAAAAGAUAUCCAAAUUGAGAAGGACAGAAAAAAAAAGAUUACAGCCUUGGAAACCCUAUGGAGCAGUUCUCCUCUGUCCUACAGUGUCGCCAUGAGCUGGAAUUAACAGCAACAGGUUUGGGUUUUUUUUUUUUUUUUUUUUGGCCUUGCACUCUUUAGAGAGGAUACUCAUAGUGACAGCAGCAGUUCAAGUUAGCGUUUUAGGUAACUUUGUGGGUUGUGUGUGACCAGUGGCCUCUACCUGGAGCUGCCCCUGCGGGAGGUUGGGGUGGAAAACAGAAAGCACCUGGACCAUCCAAUCAUGUGCAGGCAUGCAAAUGAGCCAUGACCUCUGGUGGGGACACAGCCUCUAGGGCCUCCCACCACUCAUUGCUGUCCGUCCUGGGGUGUGGAUUGGGAUGGGCACAAAGAAAUAGCAUGAGAUUGGGAACAACGGAAUCAUCCUUCCAUAGGGGACUGGCUAAAUAAAUUCUGAUACAGCCUUGCAAUGCAACGCUGUGCAGCUAUAAAAAAUUGUAUCUUUCUAUAUCCUAAUAGAGAAUAAUUGUCAAAUGAAAGAGGCAAGUGCAGAAGUGGUUAGAGCACUUCCCAUUUGUGUUUUAGAAAGGAGGAGAAUAUAAAUACAUAUUUGCAUAUAUAUGUGUAUUCAGAAGAAACGGGUGCCCAGGUUGCCUCUGUGGCAGGGAACCCAGAGGGAGAGAACAGGAGAGGGGGGACUUGGUACUGUGCAGUAAAUCCCCACUUACGGACAUCCAACUUUCUAACAACUGGUAGUUACCCUUUAGUGUUACGUAAAUUUGCCCUCACUCUGAAACCAUUGAACCAACCCCUACUCGCAACGAAUUCUUCAUCACAGCCACCUUCAUUUGCUGUACCUGCAGCUUUUUUUGUGUGUGCUUUCAGUGAAAGUUUACAAAUCAAGUCAGUCUCUCAUACAAAAACUCAUAUACACCUUGCUAUGUACUACUAGCUCACGUGCAGCUUUAAAAAAAAAAAAAAAAAGCAGCUUUUAGGUCACUGAAAAGGCUUUGAACCUUUCUUGCAGUCAAAAAAAAAAAAAAACCAAACCCGUUGCUGUGGAGAUUCCAACUCAUAGCAAUCCUAUAGGAUGGAGUAGAACUGCCCCAUAGGGUUUCCAAGGACCAUCUGGUGGGUUCGAACUGCCGACCUUUUGGUUAGCAGCCGAAGUCUUAACCACUGCACCACCAAGUAACCUGAAUAAGAACUGUAUGCUACCUGUUCUGACUUACCUACAAAAUUGACUUAAAGACAUGGAUAGGAAAAGAUCUCAUUUAUUAUAACCCAGGACUGCCUGUAUACCCUUUUGUACAUUUUGAGUUUUGAACCAUGUGACCAUAUUAUCUGUUCAAAAUAAAUAAUAAAUGAGUCCAAACAGGUACUGACAUUUUUUUUUUUUUAGG